AUUGUAUCAGGUUAAGUGCGCGUGACGAGAUUCCCUACUGGAAUACUGUCUAUUAACACGAGCAUUCUAGCUUGACCAAUGUCCGAGUGGAAAGGCCAAAUCUAGAACACGAUUUCAUAUGUGUCAUAAAUAUAUUACGUUUUGUUCACAUACGUCUGAACAUUGCAGACAAUUCGAGAUAACUCCGUCUUUUGGUUUUUCAUUCGCAUCAUUUCUACUCGAUAACGAAAUUACAAAUUUCCCAGUAAUUAUCUCACUGUUGGAACUGAGUCCUUCAUGCUAACUAGCGUGCUAAUUUAACAUUUCUCCUUUAUAAGUUAAUAUCAAUAUAACUCUAGCGAAGUGUUGUAACUCCGGGAUGAUCGUUACCAGCCUGUCGGUGUUUCAGCUCCAUAUGGGAAAUGAAUUAGCCGGGUGGGAGUCGACAAGACGAGAAGGUGGAGUCUCCUUAGGAUACUUAACAUGUUUCCGUAAAUAAGUCGGAAAUGUUGUAAAGCAAUUUUCAGUCUUCAACAGACAUUCUUGUAUAAAAUUCACCGUAUAAAGUUACAAAUGUGUUGUUCGUCUGAGGAUUCGAGAUAACCAACAAACAGAUUUUUUUGUGCCGAUAUUAGCGUCGCAAUAGGGAAAUUGCGUCAACGAAUUGUGACUUGGAACAUAACUUGAAUUUGGCUGUAUUUUCUGUCUUCAGUGGACAUCUGACCGCUGCUACUGGACAGCCGAGGUAUCCCCUUACCGUCAUACCGAGACUGUGGAUUGGUGGGAUUGCGGGAUUUCACGCCGAUACGGGCCACUGUAACCGAAUCGAUUUCUCACCGCAGCAUCAGGCUUUGAUUGGCAGUAAGAAACAGUAGAAGGAAGAACUUUCACUCGGCGCUUCCUGAGUGUUGUGGAAUGAUGGCCAGUUCUUACCUUGACAACCAACAUUAAUAUUUAGUACUGGGGACUGUGCUUACGUGGGAUUUAACGAAUAAAUUCAUUAUUGAAACGAGCCCGACUUUGCGGACUGCCGAAUGUGAUCACCGUCCACUACUGUGACUGAUAAGACAUCUGCCAGGUUGUGACUGGGCAGUGGAAAUGACGUACCUAGCGCGGUCGACAAUAAACCAAUUAAAAGGACUCAGCAUCAGUACCUCUGUAGCAAUGCUUGUGUAAUCUAGCCGAUAUAUCAGCCUCUAUGACGUGGUACUUCUUAGUUAACAGGUGCGCGUUCUAUAAUUAAUGUAACUGUAUCACGGAAAGUGUCUAUCUAUUUACGGACCCAGUAACGUUGUGGUUAACACGUCACGUGACAUGUCUCAAAGGAGUUGUGUACCUUUAAAGGAAAACAUUGAGUGACGUCGUUUCCAACAGUAAGGGAUCUACGUUUCUGUUGAGUGUUGUAUUAGGCAAUAUCAGAGGUCCUUACUAAGGUGGCAUAGUCGAAAAUCAAUUGAAGAUUGCUGCAACCUCGCCUAUCGAACUUCAGUUUGCUCGACAUGUGAAUUAUUUAAGAAAUAGGAAGCUACACCACGACCUUACCGGAUAAACUGUUUCAGAAAAAGUACUGAAAGACAGUUUUUAAAGACGACAGGAUUGAAUUGAUUCAUGUAUAUUUCAGCGGCAGGGACCAUCGCCUACUCACCAAAUACGUAGGGCUCUAUUGAACUGGAAAACACCGUCUCGAUCAUCGACUUUGGAAUAGAGAUUAAACCAAGUGUGCUACACAUUUUCGCUAACUGUAGGGGAUUAAGAGCAAUUACUACAAAGGGACAAGCAUAGACGAGCUGGAUUUCAUAUUUUGUACAUAUAACGCGUGUGUAUAUACAGUUAUUCUAUGUAGUGUAUCGAUGUUAGAUGAAGUCGGUAAGUGUUAAAUUCGCGCUAUAGAACGUUUUUAUAUCACGACCCGAUUUAACAGUGACAUAAUUUGGAGAAUUCUGUGAAGGAAACAUUUGUGCCACGACUUGUGAAAGAUUUCAGUCAUUAAUAUGGUACCAGUGUAUUACAAUAUAAACGUUAAUCUACUGGCGACACUUGGAUUUAUGUCUAAAUCUGUGAACUGUUAUACACAUGGAAUAUAAUCUACAGAAAUGUAACUGCCAUACACAAGACUGUUCACAAACUGUGUACAGCGAUAUUCAAUCACAAAAUUAUUGGAAUGACGAAGUGCUCACUAUCUACGAAAUGAAAUCAUAUAUUGAGGAACAUAGAAUUGUUUCAUAGUUGGAGGCGUAUUUUGUGAAAAACCAAUUUGCCAACCGUUUUCGUGUCAGGGUUAUAAAGCGCAGUGUUUGUUAAAAAUCACUUGAAGUAUAAAGAUGGUUUGCGCUUAGACAAAAAGAAAAACGAAAGAAAAUCUAAUGACAUUGAAAGUGAAAAAGGUUUUCCUGACGUCUUCGUUCACCGUGGAAUUAAAGCCUACACACGUUUUUGGCGGUAACUGAUUAUGGGUGCAAACCUCAGCGACUGUUUCUCCUGUUUGGCAUGUAAAGAGUCCUUGGGAAUUAUUGGUCCACACCUCAGCCUGUCUGGUCGCGCUACUGUUGAUGGGGAUCGAUAUUGGAGGCAGGCUUCGUGAUUUGACUGAGAGAGUGACGGACGGCUCCAAUAUAACGAUAGAGUAUCGACCAAGUGCCGUACACCCCCAACAAUGGGGAGUGUGUUCACCGCCGUGUAUGUGAAAAAUAUACCCUCAAAUGGACGCAAACAACAGUUAUCCAGUAUUUUACACACACGUGACGGAUUUCGAUAGUAAUGCUUGGAUCGGUGUUCAUUAGUGUCAGUGAACGUUGAUGAAAUUUUAAAGUGGUCUCGAAAAAUACUUGUUUACCUUCGGUGACAAAAAUGUCUUAUAAACCUCUUUGGUUUUUACAUAACUGCGCUGGCGUGUGAUGUAUAUAUUUUGUGUAGCAGUUCUAUAUUUUCCAUCACCGGACAUGUUAGAUUGAUAUGGUCGUGUGGAGCGUACCUUUUUGCCCUAAUGAUGUUUUGCAGUGAAGAAUACAACCGUCUACGUAAUCGUUUUGUUUUGAUGCGUAUUUACGGCAAAUCUGAUCUUACCAACAGCUUCUGACUGGGGAAGUGAGACAGAAAAGAAAAAAAAAUACCAUGGCAGAUUUGGUGUUUAAUAAAACGUUAGCAAUCUUACCAGACCUUGUCUUGGAUAACGACACAGCUGUAAUAUACACAACGAGGUUUAACUCUAGUUUAUCAGGGAACAGUUCGAUAUUUCCCGGAAAUGAUACGACAUUUGCUGGAGGGUAUCCUCCUCGUCCCGAAUCUCGGUACGAAGUUUGGCAACAAGUGUUGAUCACUAUAGUGUUAGUGGUACUGACCACGGGAACUGUGAUAGGGAACUCCCUGGUGUGUAUAGCAGUAGGUAUCGUGAAACGUCUCCAGACGCCUUCCAACCUACUUAUCCUGUCCCUGGCCGUGUCAGACCUGCUUGUGGCCAUUUGUGUGAUGCCUUUCAAUGCAGCCUACGAAGUUAUGUCCUAUUGGUCUCUAGGCGAAGUGGUAUGUGACCUCUUCACCUCCUUGGAUGUUAUCCUGUGUACGGCUUCCAUUCUUAACUUGUGUAUGAUCAGUGUGGAUCGCUACUUCGUCAUCACUCGGCCAUUUAAAUAUGCCAUGAAAAGAACACCUCGUCGGAUGGGACUCAUGAUAGCCAGUGUGUGGAGUAGUUCUGUCAUCAUUUCCAUUCCACCUUUACUAGGGUGGAAAACAGAACGGCCACCGUGGCAUUGUUUAAUAAGUCAGGAAAUAGGAUAUCAGAUCUAUGCAACCCUCGGUGCCUUUUACCUCCCUCUCAGUGUUAUGUUAGUGGUGUACUUCCGUAUAUGGAAGGUAUCGUCAAGACUUAUGAAAUCGGAAAACAAAUCGAAAUUGGGAAGCAUUGAUAAAGGUAAUGAUCAAAUAUACUUACCUUCCAAAAAAUCAUCGAAAAGUAGCGGAAUAAGUGAAAAUACAAUCGUUGGUAAUGGCAAUCUCAAAAACGGAAAUUAUGACGGGGAUGACGCUUCGAUGGAAAUGCUUGGACAUACUAACCACCUUAAGACAAGUAAUGGCAAAAGAAGAUUUACACUUAAAUCGUUUCUUGCGAAGAGUAGUAAAGUGGCAACGUCCUCCAAGGAAGCAAAGGCCACAAAGACACUGGGGGUGAUCAUGGGCGGCUUUGUGGCGUGUUGGCUGCCAUUCUUCAUCCUGGCGGUGAUCCGACCGUUCUGCGGCGCUCAGGAGCAGUACUGCUCCAUCCCGCCGUGGUUGGGUAGUGUGUUCGGGUGGCUAGGAUAUUUUAACUCAUUUCUAAACCCUUUAAUCUACGCACGAUUUAACAGAGAGUUUAGAACACCGUUUAAAGAAAUUUUAUGUUUCCGAUGUAGGGGUAUCAAUUCUCGGAUACGAUCGGAAAGUUAUGUGGAACAAUAUGGUCCCGAUCCAACGUUCCGGGACAGCUUACGGCCUCCCACAGAGACGAUCGUAAGAUAUAAUAGCCAAGGACACACUAUUGUGCAUGUCGGAAACGGUAAUGCGUGUCCGGAUGAAAGUAAGCUGUGACAAGUUUGUAUAUAUAUAACGAUACCUUUAUAGGAAGUGAAAGCAAUGCCAUCAAAUGGCAAAUACGAGUGUGCCAAUUGUUGUGAUUCUAACCCCAUUUCUCUGAGAAUAAUAUAAAUAAGUUAUGAUUAUUUAGAUAACUCAUAUUAAACGAUAUUAUGUGGAGUGUGAUGUGUAAUUAUGUGAAAAAAAGCAAUACGACUCGCAAGGAUGUAUUAAAUAUAUCUUUGUCAUGUCAUUGACAUUUGACGUCAUCAAUGACGUCAUUGCCAUUUAACGUCAUCAGUGACGUCAAUGACAUUUGUCGUCAUCAGUGACGUCAUUGACAGUGUUGUAUAUAGAACGUAUAUCGUAAUGCCUUAAAUUGCCUGAAAAUGGGUGACCUGCACUGUACGUAUGUAUUCUAUUUCAGAUUUAACGUGUAUCUCACAAUCUACAGUUGCCAUGGUUCAUAUGCUGUGAUAGAAUCGCGGGUUGUCUUCAAUUAUGUGAUGAGGACAAAGUAAAAGUGCUGCAUUUUGUACUUAAUGUAGAAGUUCUACGAAAAGAGCUGUAUGGAAAUCGCUCCAUUCUUUGAAUAAGAAACGACGAAAUCCAUACCACAAUCAAUCAAGAGGUAAACAUGAGAUACGUAGCCGCAUAACUGAAGACGCCCUCCUGUUAUCCGUCAAUAUUUAAGUGUUGAUAGAACAUUUUUCGUCCACUGUUGUUAGACCAGUACGCCAGAGUUAUUGCCCCUUGUCAUGUUUUCUAGAGUUAUAAUGACGGUGAUUUCGUGUUCUCUUGCCCAUUGUAAUGUUUGUUUGGAACGUUGCAAAAAUAACUUAAAAGAAUGUUAUUAUUCAGUCGAAAAAAUCACCUAUCAUCUAAUUAAUGCUGGCUGUGCUUUCGUUGUGACAUUUCGUCAUUUGUUAAGCAAGUGAAAAUCGUUAUUAAAAUUUUUUGCAUUGUUUCAACCGUUCCUAAAAAACAGCACUUUAGCAAACAUUCACAGGUAGUUGUUUAUUUGUCGAACAUUUCCUAUUGCAAAACGGCAGAGUUUUUUUAAAUUCUUUUCCCACUAUGGUAAUUGUGACCAACCAAUUAUUGUCGGAGCUUAUUACGAUGCCUGUUAGACAUAGUAUAAAAUGUGUUUGUCACGCUAUUUAAUAGGAUGUUGACCAGGACGAGGAGCGUUCAAGUGCUGUUUGUGACGCUAAAAAAGGCCUACGACGAUUAAUACCAAUUUCAUUUUAUAAACAAUAUGGCAUAAUAACAGGAGCGAAUCACAUUCAAUUGAUAAGCAUGAUCUAAUAUUAGUUUUAUUGCCGCGAAGCGGUU